AUGUGGCAUGGUGAUGAGCGAUGCAAUGCUCUCAUCCAACGACAUUGGUCCCAACCUACUACUGGGAAUGUUUUGCAUCAAAUAGGACAAAAAAUUGCUAACACCGGUCAGCAACUUAUGGCAUGGCAUGUUACUGAGUUUCAACAACAAAAGAAUGAGCUACACAGUCUCGAGGCUAAAAUGAAUGAUAUCAUGAAGAGGCCAUUCUCACAUGAACAGUAUGAGGAGCAACGUCUCCUGCAUGUGCGACAUAGCCAAAUCCUAGCGCAACAGGAGAAAUAUUGGAGGCAGAGAUCAAGAGCUGUUUGGUUAAAAGAAGGGGACAGGAACUCUGCCUUCUUCCAUAGUAAAGCCUCUAAUAGACGCAGCAGAAAUACAAUCAAGGGUUUGAAAAAUGAGGGUGGGGAAUGGACAACUGACCCUGAUGAAAUUAGUCGAAUUCUGGUUGAUUAUUACAAGAAUAUUUUUGCCACUGAGGGUUGUGAUGAUGCCGCUCUUUCGGAGAUUUUUAGAGCCACCCCAAUGAGAGUCAUACCACUCAUGAACUUAGCCCUGUUGCAGCCCUAUACUGAUGAGGAAAUCAAAACAGCUUUGUUCCAAAUGCACCCAUCCAAAAGUCCCGCACCUGAUGAGUGUUUGUCAGCAUUGUUAUCUCAGGCGGUAGAGUCUGGUUUUAUCAUAGGUUUGAAGAUGUGUCAUCAAGCCCCUAUUCUGCAUCAUUUAUUUUUUGCUGAUGACAGCUUCUUAUUUGGUGAGGCAACUGUGCAAGAAUGCCUUCAUGUGCGGGCAAUCCUUGAUAUUUAUGCAAAAGCUUCUGGACAAAGGUGUGUGGAGGAGCAUGAUCGCUAUUUGGGCUUGCCCUUGACAGUAGGUAAAUCAAAAACAGCUAAAUUCUUGUACAUUAAGGAGAAGCUGACCAAAAGGUUGGUGAAUUGGAAGGCUAAACUUCUAAGUAGUGUGGGUAAAGAGAUCCUCAUAAAAGCCGUGGUUCAGACCAUGCCGUUGUAUGUUAUGAAUUGCUACUUGUUACCAAAAGGGUUGUGCGAUGAUAUUCAUCAACUUUGUGCGUCUUUCUUUUGGGGAGACACUGAUGCUAAAAAGAGGAUUCAUUGGCGUAGCUGGGAAAAAUUGUGCCUCACCAAGCAAGAAGGAGGUAUGGGCUUUAAAAAUAUUUAUGCAUAUAAUCUGGCCAUGUUAGCUAAGCAGGGAUGGAGAUUUUUAUCGAACCCGGACUCCUUAGUUGCUCGCUUGUUUAAAGCUCGAUAUUUCCCUAACUGCACUUUUUGGGAGGCCCAACUAGGAGAUGCUCCAUCCUUCUCUUGGAGAAGUAUCCUUGAGGGUAGACCUAUCUUGAAGGCAGGGGUUAAAUGGAGAAUUGGAGAUGGGUCAAAUGUGCAUAUCUGGAAUGAUCAAUGGAUUCCACACUGUUCCAGCUUUCUACUUCAACAAUCAAGACCUUCUUCUUCCCACAAUAUGGUCUCUGAUCUUAUUAAUCCACAUGAUCGUACGUGGAUCCAUGCUACUAUUAAUACUCUAUUCCCAGCUGUUAUUGCAGAGUAG